CACAGAGUCAGUUAAGGAUAUGGGAAAUGUCAGGUUAUCAUAACAAAUAAAGGAAGUUGUGUCACUCAUAGUGACAGUUAAAUCUGUUGAAAUCAAAGGGAGGAACAGUCUGGUUUCUGCAUGUUUCAACACCUUCAACUUAUCACUGUCGUAGAGAAGGUCGAGUGUCACAUAACCUGGACUCUGUCUGAUAACUGUAACCCUCUUCUUUCUCCCAGGAUGUCCAUCCUCUCUCAGGUCUUGUGGACGGGCCUUUGCUAUGUACCUUUGGUGGCCGCUGCAGGACUGGGAGCUGUGAUUGCAGUUCUAACGGCGAGGCUUCUGGUGCGACACGCCUGGUACACACACAGACUGUCCUGCUUCAGCAUACCACCUAUGCACUCCUGGCUUGUAGGACAUCUGGGGCAGAUGCAGAGCACAGAGGAAGGCCUCCUGCAGGUGGACGAGCUGGUGCAGACAUACAAACACUCCUGCGGCUGGUUCCUCGGCCCUUUCUAUCACCUGGUCCGACUCUUCCACCCGGACUACGUCAAACCUCUGCUCAUGGCACCUGCAAACAUCACAGUGAAAGAUGAGCUGAUUUACGACCAUCUGCGUCCAUGGCUAGGACAGAGUCUGCUGAUAAGCAACGGGGAGGAGUGGCACCGCAGGAGACGGCUGCUGACUCCAGCUUUUCAUUUCGAUAUCCUGAAGAACUACGUUUCAACGUUUAACACCUCAGCCAACACCAUGCAUGAUAAGUGGCACCGCCUGGUGUCAGAAGGCAGAAACAACAUAGAGAUGUUCGACCACGUCACUCUCAUGACUCUGGACAGUUUACUGAAGUGUGCCUUCAGCUACAGCAGCAACUGUCAGCAGUCUAGCAGUGAGUACGUGUCAGCCAUAGUGGAGCUGAGUGACCUGAUUAUAGACCGCCGGCAGAAGAUUUUACACCACUGGGACUGGAUUUACUGGAGAACACAGCAGGGGAAACGCUUCAAAAGGGCCUUAAACAUUGUGCACGGCUUUACCAAGGAAGUAGUUCAGAAGCGGCGUGCCCUGAUCAGCCAGCAGAAGGAGACACAAACACGUUCAUCACCGCAGAGGAGGAAAGAUUUUGUAGACAUCAUACUGAUGACAGAGGAUGAGGACGGACAGGGUCUAACAGAUGAGGAGAUACAGGCGGAGGCUAACACCUUCAUGUUCGCAGGUCACGACACCACAGCCAGUGCGAUUUGCUGGACGCUGUAUAACUUAGCACGCCACGACCACUACCAGGAGAAAUGCAGACAGGAGGUGGUGGAUCUGAUGCAAGAACGAGAGAGACAAGACAUAGCGUGGGAGGAUCUGUCCAACCUUCCUUUCACCACCAUGUGCAUCAGAGAGUCCCUGAGGUUGCACCCUCCUGUGCAGGCCGUGACCAGAAAGUACACGCAGGACAUGACGCUGCCUGGGGAUCGCACUGUACCAAAGGGUGCCAUCUGCUUAGUCAGCAUCUAUGGAACACAACACAACCCUGCUGUCUGGACAAACCCACAUGAGUUUGAUCCUCUUCGUUUUGACCCUGCAAACACAGAGGAGAGAGCCUCCCACGCCUUCAUCCCCUUCUCCUCAGGCCCCAGGAACUGCAUUGGUCAGAAAUUUGCCCUGGCAGAGCUGCGAGUCGUUGUUGCGUUGACUCUGCUAAGAUUUCGUCUGACUCUGGGGGUGAACCCUGACCUCGAGGCCAGCUCUGGAGGAGUGCGGCGUCUGCCCCAGCUCGUCCUGCGUGCGGAGGGAGGACUCUGGUUGCAGGUGGAGGCUCUGAACCCGAACAAAGAGGAGGAGUUAGAGGAUGAAUGAUCGAAUCAGACCACAGAAGCUUUGCUUUUCUUUGUUUCUAAAUGCACUUGUAUUGUAGCUCCUAAUAAAAGUCCACAUACAAUAAUUAA